AUGGCUCGCUCCUUAAUCUGGGACUAUUACAUUGACAAGGAGACGUGGCAGUUUGUCAGGUGGAGUGACAGUGUCCCGCUGUACUCUGUUCCAUGUGGACAGGGAAUUCCAUCUCAAGCGUUUGUCCACACCGUCGAAAGUGAACAACUGGUGUAUUUGACAAGCCUGCUGUCUGCUGCGGGCCACCCUGUCCUGCUCCUGGGUGAAGCAGGUUGUGGUAAAAGUAUGGUUCUGAAUCAGCACAUCCAGGCCCUGUACUCGGGGGAUGAGGUGGAGGUGCUGCAGCUCAGGGUUGCAAUGAACAGGUCCACUACUCCUCAGAAGCUGUGGCAGAGCCUACUGAAUAAAGUGGAAUGGCACCAUGGGGCUGUGUAUGCCCCACUGAAGAAUAGGAAGCUGCUGUGCCUGGUUGAUGACCUGCAUUUAGCUCAGGUUGAUCAUCAUGGCAGCCAGCCAGCAUGUGAGUUGAUGAGGCAGCUGCUUGACUGUGGGGGUGGUUUUGACCCACUUUCCUUUGAGUGGAAGAAAAUAAAUAACAUUACCUUCCUGGCCACUGCCAAUGUGAACUCCUCUGCCAGAGUCUCGAAGCCAAGCCAACGUCUACUGAGACACUACAGCAUCUUUCACUGUCCUUACCCCAGUUCUGUCAACCAAUAUGGAAUCUUUAGUGCUUUGCUGAAUGCCCACUUCCUGCAGUCUCCUCCAGCACACCAGACUGGUAGUUUGCGCUCCACAAGUAGUUAUAACCACAGAGACCUGCUUUCAGCUGUCACCACGGUUACCAUAGAAACUCAGGAACGUCUCAGAACCAUGUUCCUCAGAACCUCCCAGAGGUGUCACUACAUAUUCACACUCAGGGACCUGGCUAAGACAUUCAGAAACCUCUGUCUGUCCCUGAGCCCUGAAACAUCCCCUGAAGCCCUCCUGUAUUUAUGGAGACACGAGUGUGACUGGGUCUGUGGACACAGAAUGGUCAGCUACGUGGACUACGAAAGAUACACACAAGAGUACGUUGCAGCGGUGAAGAAAGCAUUCACUGAUGAGGAGCAGGUCAGAUUAAUCAUUAACCCUCAGCAGCCACUGCUGAGUAAUGUCAUUGAGCUGGAAGGGGGGCUGAUCAGCGCUGCCCCAAAACAAUGGCAAGUGAGAUCUCUAAACCAGCUAUCAAACCAGGAGAGGCUUUAUGAUGGGUACCAGCACACCUUUGAUGAAGACCUUGUUCGGGAGUUGCUUGAGGAAUGUGAGAGAACACAACAAGGCGAAUCCAAGGAUGGCCAUCUCCUUUUAUAAGAGCACAAUUGAGUUAGUGUGCCGGUUGACUCGUAACCUGUUGAGCCCACAUGAAGUUGCCCAUACCAUGCUGUGUGGAGAAGGUUGUGCUGGAAUGUGUGUUCCACUGGCAAGGCUGGCUGCCCAUCUGUGCAGCUUCACUGUGGUCCAUGUCAGCUCUGCUGCCAAAGCUGACAAGGAUAGCCCUCAGAUGACCAAGUCAUUGAAGUCCCAGCUGGUUGACAGCUAUGUUCAGGCUGGUGUCCAGGGGCAAAGGGUGGUGUUGGUGCUGAGCGAGGAGCACAUGGAGAUGUUCUCUCUGCUUUACAUCUCAGGCCUAGUUGUUUCGCGAUCAAUAACUCCGCUGUUCAGAGCAGCAGACCAGCAUUGUUAAUGAACUUCGCAGUGAGAUAACUAAUGAAGGCAUAACCUUCACUAAAGAGGCUGCUUGGGAUUAUUUCUUAAGAAGAGUGACUCAGAACCUUCGCCGUAUUUUCAUCUGUCUGUCUACUGGGAGCAAUUUCCUUCAGUGCUGUCAAGAAUUUCCAGCAUUUACUAAUACCAUCAAUAUCUAUUUUGUUCCUCACUGGUUCAGAUCCAAUUUGGUUGCCCAGGCCUCCUACCAUAUAAGAGAUCUUGAGUUAAGUGGAAAAGAGAGAGAAUGUGUCUCACCUUUU